AUGCGUAAUGAAGCUAUGGAACCUUUUUACGAUACUUUACCUGAUAAUAUGGAUUUAUCACGGAUGGGGAAUUUUAAGCCUAAACCUAAUAAACCUUGGACAGGUAUUGUUUUUUACAAUGAUGUUUUCUUGGGCGCAACUCAUUUCUUAGAAGUGAUACACCAGCAUAUACAACAAAAUGCAGAUAUGACUUGUGGUUGGGAUCAUAAUGGAAAAUACUUUUAUGAUGGGUGGGUAGGAAGAGAUUUAUCUGGUAGAAGACAUCUUUAUUCUCGAUGGAUUGAAAGAAGAGAUACUGUAGACUGGAUUGACAAACCACCAGCAAAAGUGAAAUGUCACGAUUGGCCCGAUGCCUUAGGUAAAUCACAUAAUAUCUGGAACACUCUAAGAUGGGUAGAUUCGCCUAAACUCGAAAUCCCUGCAGCAGACAAGUUUGACUACUCUUCUCUGGACUCUGAGUGA